UGGUACUAUGCAUGCUAAGCUUAUAAUCAUAGAACGAGCACAAGCCCUUAGAGUAUGCAUUAGUAGCAGCAACGUGACUCCUCAAGACUGGGAAGGUGUGAGCCAAUGCAUUUGGGUUGCUGAUUUUAAGCCGGCUAAUGAUCCCGAGGCACCUGCCAGGAAGAGGGUCAAACCUGAUCAUACAUCCGACUUUGGAGAUCAGUUGGCUCGGUUCAUCGAGACAUUCUUCCGUUCCAUUCCAGACUCUUCAUCCCUAUCGAGCUAUUGGGUAAAGGUUUUGACAGGCUCGAGGUUCAAUGUGAAGCUACCUAAGGGAGUAGAACUCAUUGCUUCAGCACCUGGCUACUGGAAGGGAGACGAUAGAGACAACUGGGGUCAUAUGAGGCUAAGAGCACUACUGUCUGAUGUCCACUCGGAGGAGAUACUAUUCCAAUGCAGCUCUAUUGGCUUCCUACCCGCCAGUUUCUUGGCCGACCUAUCCAAGUCCUUAAAUGGCAAUAUCAGGGUUGCUUGGCCCCUAUACGAUGUAGCCAUGUGGAAAAGGGGUAGCAACUUCCUACGGUUCCCGAGUAGGCAUUUUGAAGGGGGACAAUUCCCCUUGAAU